CGCUCUAAUGGAAAAGUCGUAAGUUGACUUGGCUACCACACCGCCUUUUCCCGCGCUGCAAGCGUUUCCGCGUCCUGUGUGCAAAAGCCAUUAAGCUGCGUAGUGCGGGUGAAUUCGUUAUCAAUUUUUGAUUCUAACCAUGCAAUUAUAAUCCUAUUCGUAUUUCUACGUAAUUUCGCGCAAUUUCGUGAUUUUGGAGCAAAAUGGAUUCUCAGACAAAUAAAAAAAUAACAUGGUCCUUGCUGGAACUUACCGGACUUUUGGAGGAGGAGGAUGCUCACGUGCACUAUGAGAGGACCGUCAAGCACCUUGCGUUACAUCCGUACCAUUUGAGUAACAUAAAGCGGGGUCUGAAUCAAAUAUUAAAAUCAUCAUUGAAUUGCUACGACAAAGAAUUGAAGGGAUUUAUGCUUGCUUUUAAACAUCCGAAAUUGCUUAAUAAUUUUGGGGAACUACUCUAUGAUUCUCCUUUUAUCCAUGUUGAUAUAGAAGCAGACUUUUAUUUGUUUCGUCCAAUGAUUGGAUCUUUUCUAAAAGGUAUAGUGAACAAGAAAGGCUUGGAUCAUAUUGUAGUUUUAGUGCAUAAAAUAUAUACUAUAUCUAUUCCGAAACCGGAUAAUAUAGAGGAAUGGUUAGGAGAUUUGGUGGAGAUUGGUCAAGAAAUAAGAUGCUGUGUAAACCAAGUAAACUACAAGAGUAAGCCUCCUUUUAUCUGUGCCUCUUUAAAUUCUGAUUAUUUGCAAGGCUGCAGAUUAUCAGAGAGUAUAAAUAAUGUUUAUAAUAUGGAAAAUGUUAUUGAAAAUCACAAUUUGGAUAGUACUAUUAAGCUUGAGAAGACAAGUGAAAUAUCAGAAGAUGAUACCAUUUCUGUUAAAGAGAAGAAACAUCGAAAGAAACAGAAAAAGUCAUGUGAGAUUGAUACUUUUAAAAAUAUUAAAUAUGAAGAUAAUAAUACAGAUACCAUUGAGAAACAUAAUGUGAAUAGCACUGAAAAUUCAAUCGCUGAAGAUGAUACAGUCUCUGAUAAAGAGAAAAAGAAACACCGAAAGAAACAUAAGAAGUUCAACGAAACUGCUUCAGAAUCUUUCUUUAAGAAUCAAACAAAAGCUGAAUCGAGCAAUAAUACAGGGAAUGAUAUUUACAGAUAUAUCAAAUGUGAAAUUAAUGAUGAUACAGACAGUAUUAUCGGAAAUCAAAAUUUGAAUAAUACUAUCAAGAUUGAUACUUUAACCAAUGAAAUAUUAAAAACCGAUACUAUUUCUGAAAAAGAGAAAAGAAAAUAUCGAAAAAAGCAUAAGAAAUCUAGUGAAAGUAAUCUAGAAUUUACUUUUGAGGAUACAAAUAAAACCAAAUUGAAUAAUAAGGCAGAAAGAGAUAUUUAUGUAAAUAUCAAAUGUGAAGAUAAUAUCCGUAAUAAUUCUAUUGAAAACUACAAUCUGGAUAAUAGUACUAUUAAGGUUGACAAUUCAAUCAAUAGAAUAUCAGAAGACGAUGCUUCUUCUGAUAAAGGAAAAGAAAAAUUGCGAAAAAGACAUAAGAAAUACCAUGGGAUUGAUCCAGAAUCUAUCUCUGAGAACAAAAGUGAAACUAUGUUGAACAAUAAUACAGAUAGGAAUGUUCACAAAAACAUUAAAUGUGAAAAUAAUGUCCAUAAUAUAAACAGUUCUGUUGAAAAUAAUAAUCUAGAUAGAGUUAUUAAAAUUGAAAAAUUUACCAAUGAAAUAUCAGAAGAUGCUACUUUGAACAAAGAAAAGACUAAACAUCGAAAAAAACGCAAAAAGUCUCCUGAGAUUGAUACAGAGAAUGAAGCUGUAUCUGAUCAUUUAGAAAGUUACAAGAAGAGAAAAAAGUCAUCCAUUUCGGAUUCAGAAUCAAAAACUUAUAUCAAAAUAAAAGCUGAGAAAUUUGAUUCAGAUGUGGAAUUAAAAUUUCCGGUUAAAGUAAAAGUAGAAAAAGUCUGAGUUAGCUAUAUUCUAAUUGAUAUUAAAAAUAUCAAUAUUUUAUGUGGUCUUUGAUACUAUCCAUAACACAUAGAAUUGAUUUCCUCUCCGACUAUGUUCAUUCUGCAAAGAAGGAAAAAUAUACAAUAUAAUUAUUUUUUAAAUUAAUUUGUGUGACAACUUUACAUUUUUUGACGGUUCAACAAUAAGUUUGAUUAAAAGACAAAAUAAUUAGGUACAAAGUGAUACAUAUAUGUAUGUAAUAUGAAGCAUAAAAAUAUUUUUUUAUUAAUAGAUACAAAUCAUUUCAACAUACACAACGUAAUUGCCAUCAUAUAUUUUGAGUAUAGAAGAUUUGGCUCAUUUAGCUCUGAAACUAUGCGCUAUCAUCAUUGAUUAAUCAGAGAAUUAUGUAAUUUUUCCUGCAAAUGUAUAUUACUGUAAAUAAUCACAAAUAAUUUUUUCUUUUUUGCAUUGUAUAUAAGAAAGAUAUUAGACAUGUAUAUCUGCAAUAUAUUCUUAAAUAGUUUAUAGUUUUUUUUAUAUAAAAAAAAAACUUGCAAUUCGGAUUAGUUCGAGAGAGAAAGAGAGAGAGAGAGAAUUCAUACAUAAGAUUUAUUCAUACUAUUCAUAUGAAUAGUCAAUGUAUCAAGAUGUAAAUAUUUAUCUUUUUUUAAUGUUGGACAAUAAAUUACAGCAGAAUGUUAUAUUAUUUA